AUAUAAAUUCAUGUUUGCCUUUCCAUUCCAAACACCAUUCUCCAUACUUUAUAUUAAAAAAAGCAAAGAAAAAAUGAGAACCAUAUUUAUGUGAUAUUAUUAUUAUAUAUAAUACAGUAUUGUUGUAGCAGUAGAUCUACUCUACUCACCUAAGAAUAGAACAAUACCACUAUUUUUAUUUAUUUAUUUACAUAGGGAGCAUACAAAAGCUAGAUAUGGUUCUAUAAAUCUUUCUGGACUAAAUAUAUCAUUUUUCCCUGAAAAAAUUUCAGUCUCAUUUUUCUCUUCAAUUUCAGACACUUUUUUGGAGCAUAAAGACUGAUAUUUUUAAGACUGAUCUGAUGUCUAAGGUAGCAAGCAAAAACUUCUUUACAGAGCUAUCUGAUCUUCCAAAAACCCGAAAUGUUCCACAAAAAAAGAGAUUUCGACGCUGCAGAAGCGCGCCAAACACAGAAGACUUUGUUCCAAUCGAAAAUCUUAUGUCGACAGCAAAGUCUUCUGCUACAACAACAUCAUCAAACAAUCCAUUCUCAACCAAAUCCAUCAUUAGAAGCAUUCGCCCGAGUUUUGGCAAAGUGAUUAUAUUCCUGACAUUCUAUUUCGGUUUAGGCACAACAUGUUUCUACCUAUUCAGAAACCAACUCAAAGGAAAGAAAACAAAUGGUGUUCUUGAUGCAAUUUACUUCUGCAUUGUGACAAUGACAACAGUUGGUUAUGGUGACUUAGUACCGAAUAGCAAAGCCUCGAAAUUACUAGCUUGCGCCUUUGUCUUCACGGGGAUGGCUCUAGUCGGUUUGACACUAAGUAAGGCUGCAAAUUACCUUGUUGAGAAGCAAGAAUUGUUGGUAGUGAAAGCAUUAAACAAGAGCAAAAACAACACAAACCAAUUACAAGUCAUAGAAGAAGCUAAGAACAACAGAACAAAAUACAAAUGCAUUAUGAUCUCAAUUGUUCUUUUGGUGAUUAUAACUAUUGGUGUUGUGUUUCUUACAAGUGUUGAGAAUAUGGAUUUUGUUGAUGCAUUUUAUUGUGUUUGUUGUACAAUUACAACUUUGGGGUAUGGUGAUGUGAGCUUCUCAACUCAAGGUGGAAGAGUUUUUGCAAUCUUUUGGAUUUUGAUAAGUACUAUUUGUUUAGCUCAGUUUUUUCUUUAUAUUGCUGAGUUUAACACUGAGAUUAGACAAAAGGCUUUGGUGGAUAUGGUUCUUAAUCGUCCAAUGACUAAUUUUGACUUGGAAGCUGCUGAUCUUGAUGAUGAUGGCUCUGUUGGAGCUGCGGAGUUUAUACUAUACAAGCUUAAAGAAAUGGGUAAGAUAAGUCCAGAAGAUAUAUCACUAAUCAUGGUUGAAUUUAAUGAUCUUGAUAUUGAUCAAAAUGGAACUUUGACACAUUCUGAUAUAACUUUGGCUCAGUUAUCUCCUCCACACCCUUGUAUUCCAAAAUAAUAUCAUUAAUUAGGGUUUUUUUCACAAUGUAACAUUAGAAAGAGAAAGAAGAACUAGUUAUGUUUUAUGAGUGGUUAGUGGUUAUUCAAAUAUUAAAUUAAAAUAUUUGAAAUAAUUCAAUAUAUGAUAUCUUAUUUUUGUACUAAGUAGUAAUGAUGAUUUUUUAAUAUUUUUUGAAAGUUUAUUAUGUACAUAAAUAUUAUUAUUUAUUAAGUCAUCUAAAGUCAUCAUA